AUGUUAUUAAGUGGAAUUAGAUAUAGUUUGAAUAAUAUAAAAUUGAAUGAUAUAAUGAAAUUACAAUUAUUGAAAAAAUUAUCAAGUAAAGAUAUAAUAGAAAUAUGGAAAUCAAAGAAUAAUGAGAAAAUAUAUUCGACAGUAAUGAAUUCGGAAAAAUAUAUGAAAAUAAAAACAAAUAGUAAAAUAUGUAAAAAUUUUAUUAUACCAAUAAAAUUUAAUGAAAAUUAUUAUAAUAUUUUUUUACAAUUUAAUGAAAAAAUUAUAUUAUUUACUUCAUUAGAUUAUAUACACAAAUUUGGUAUUAAAAAUACUAAUCCAAUUAUAUAUAUGACAUUUUAUGAUGAACUUGUCAAGACACAUGAUCUUAUAUUAUUAAGAACAAAUAUAUUAAAUAAUCAUUUAAAUAAAUUACAAGUAAUCAAUUUAAUCGAAAAUACUCUCAAAUUCUAUCUAGACUUUAAUUUAUUCCAAUGGGUCAAACUAUUCAAUUUAAAUCCUAAACAAUUCAAUUAUAAACAAUAUUUAAAUCAAAAUAAACAUAUCUUUAAUAUAUAA